GAUGAUCAUCGUUUCUCAUCUCUCCCUGCUUCUCGUCCUGCUUUUCUUGUUCCCUCGUCCUUUUGUGUUCUCUGUCCACCGUUCUCCAGCCUGUCAUUGCCUAUAUUGUCUCGUUCAUGGUUGACGCUACAUUCUAUCUGAUAGUUUUGCCAUUAUGUCCAUCGAUUCCUCAGACUUUGGGGACCUUCCCCCAGAAGAGGAGCUUGACGAGUUUACCAGCGCCGGUGAUCGUUUGUCGAAAGUGAUUCUUGACAAUCAAGCCACUGAUCGACUCCUUACCAAGAGAUCGGCUCGGAAUGUGAAACUGUCUAUGGGAGCACCUGGUGUUCGGAGAAAGCAGGCCGCAGUUGCAAAGGCUUUACCCUGCUUCAUGCAAAGUCUCGGAAAACCACCUCAUUCUUGUCCCGGUCCCGAAGAAAUAUUUCGCUUCGUUGCUACUCUCAUUCUUCGAAUCCGACCACGACACCAUGACAAGCCCUCCCCCUCGAUUACAACUGUCCGUGAUUACUGGUACUAUCUGGUCAGACACUGCGAUUUCUCCUUCGGCCAAGAGUUCCGUCGGCACUAUGAUCGUCAGGUGGUACUGAAGAUCAAUGCCCACCUCGACCAGGAGUUCCGACGUGGCCAUCUAACUCGUGGACUAUGGGAAAAAAGAAGAUAUGUUGGAAUCAUGGCCCUACAAAACAUGGGGCUCACAUACCUUCGAAAAGCAGUUCGUCACGGCUGCCAAUCGAUUGACAUUGUAGUCCAGAGAUGGCUCGGAGUCUUGCUGCAAUCUUCCUGCGUGGGCCGUCCCGGUGAUGUGGCCCGAACGAAUGGCUACAAAGCGUCUGAAUGUCUAUGCUAUUCCGACAUUGUUCUUCAGUUGCGGCCUGGCGGCACCACUGUCAACGACCUAUCGGCCACGGUUACCCUGAGAUAUACGAAGGGGAAAAAGUUCGAUUCGAACGAUGACAAGGUCUUGUUUUGGGAACCUAUUCGCGAUCCAGCGUUGAACCCCAUGUGUGCUAUCAAGCUCUGUCUUAUCCAUGCAUUGAGACACGGGAAUUGUCAUGGAAAGACGAUUGAAGAAACGAUCCAGCAUACGAUGAUGCAGGGAGACAGGCGUGUUGUCUGGAGACAUCCUGACAGACCGGUUCUGAUGGCCAUCCAUCCGAAGCGAAGGGGCUUUCUUCUUGAAGACCAGCCAGCAGGAACCCAGCAAAUCACCCGCAGCGUCAGAUUGAUGGCGCUGGUCUGUGGUAUUGUUGACCCAAUCUCAGCUCGUCACCUACGAAACGGUGCCGUUCGUGAUCUCUCCCAUCUCCAGAGUCGACCGGCAGGGACACCGGAUCACUUUGUCCGACGGUCUGCUGGCCAUUCCAUGCAGUCUUUCAACUCGGGUGUGACGGAUCAUUACUCGGGUCCGACCCAAACAGACACAAUGGUCUUACGCACCAAGGAACCCCUUCAGGACUGGUUGGCCCCAGCGGUUGAUACAUCCAAGGCACAAGGCUCCGUGUUACGGGUGGAUAAGAGAAGGGUUUUGGUGCUGAACCCGUCCCAGCAAAACUUGAAAAUCACCACUGGUCAUUCUGAGCGCAACACCACUGGUCCACAUAAGAGGCCACGAUCACCUAGCCCGGUGGCCCCCGAUGUAAUCGACCCUCGACUCCGAGGCACCGGAGGCGGAACCGCCCUCCCUGAUAUCGGCAACGAAAGUGGCUUGACUGUAGCGGAGGCCGAUGAUGUCGAUGCCUGUGAUGAAGCUCAACUACGCUUGGUAAGCGAUUUGGUACUAGGCAUCCCUACAAAGCCAGCCCCAGACCAGGGAGAAACGCGUCCAAUUGAAACCGAGGACGUUAAUGAGACUGAUGGGAACGAUGAUACCACCGCCCUCUUGCCGGAUCUGGCGUCGCUCUUCGAUGAUUCCACGGAGCCGUGGCCGGAUGAUCCCAUGGCUUUUGUCAAUUUCUGGGCGAGGCACAACGAGUAUCUGUUCGCCCAAAGCCACGGACAAUAUGACCACAAGGACCAGGAGACUGUACGGGACCGCGUACCAACGGGCAACAGCCGAGCAGAUCCGACCCGGUACGCUUUCAGGUGUCGCAAGGGCUGUCCCUUUCAGACAUUCACCAAGCAUCAUUUGAUGAUGCACGAGCCAAAUUGUCGUGGACCUUCUACCCUACCUGAAGAGGCAGAGGUCGACAAGCUCGGGUGCCCUUAUGACGACUGCAACUCGUUGUUCCCAAGUCAACCGUCUCUGGCACAGCAUAUCACCAUUAUACACAAUUUCGAACCAAGAACUUGUAAUCGGGGAUGUGUAGAUGGUCACAUCUACAACAGCAAGGCGGAAUUCGUUAAACACCUGGAGAGAGUUCACACUGAUUGGGAACCGCAACAAUGUCCCAAAAAGACCGACUGUCAUUCUGAGACUUUUUUCGUUGUUCCUAGUACCUUGAAGGCUCACCUUGUUGCACAGCAUCAGAUGUCAUACGAGGAGAUUCGCCAGUCAGUGCCGGAAGUCUAUAGGUCAGAGGAGUCCAAGCCCUGGCAUCCCACUCGGUGUCCCCUCGAAGCUUGUACCAGCCUUUCCAUGUUCGACACACCAAACAAACUGCGCAAACAUCUUCGAACAACACAUGACUAUUCCGCUGCUGAAGCUGAGGAAUUGGCUCCACUGGAACGGAUCAAAGCACUCCUCGUUGACCCUCCUACGAAGCCUACCGAGAAGAAACAGCGUAUUUUCGACUGUCCCGUUGAUCCGAAAUGUGAUCGCAAAUUCGAUUCAAUCACGACCAUGCAAAAGCACCUGAUGACCAAGGUUCACGGCAACCCCAUGGCCUCCGACAAGGCUCUAGAACUUGCCGAAGAAACUAUGGGCAGGAAAAAGAAAAAAGCCGUUGCCAGCACGACGGCGCCGCAAGACGUCGCUAUGCAUUGCCCGAAGUGCAGGUACAGCCAAGUUACAUUCAAGAAGCCUGGCAUACUGAAAGCCCAUCUGAUCAAUACUCACCGUGUCGAACCUGGUUUGGCACACGAGUUGACAGAGGAAACUUUCGGAAGAAAAAUCAUCAAACGAGCGCCUCGGAGCAAACAAUGACCGAUAUGAGAGAAUGACUGAUGGUCAUUUUGUUCAUCCUUAUCCUGUCUGAAGCUCUGGGUCUUUGUGUUCAUGUCCAUCUUUCUCUGUGCUGGCGCAGAGUUAGUUUCGUGGAUAUUGUGCUAUGGCUUAUCGCGUCAUAGCUGACGGGGGAGGCGGGUGAUACGCAGUGCAUUGCAGCUUCAUCCGAGGGUCGGUACGUUAUAUGUUACAGCGUAAGGAACUACGCGUUCUACGGGAAUACCUCGAGACGUAUUUGGCCCGUAGAUGAAGCACUAUGAGACUUCCCAGCCCUAUCUGGUAUUUUGCAUUGGUGUCUUUGUAUCUAGUGAGAGCGCCGAUAGAGGAUGCGGUAGCGCAGCACAUAUCUAUGCGUUCAAGCAUUCGAUAAUUUGAUCCAGCCUCAGGA